UCACACCACCAACCAGAGGCAGCCAGUGAUAAAAAGUUUCGCACCGACCAGAUCGAUUCGGUUCUACGCGGUGGGUGAAUAAUGUGCAUUGAUUGAUAGUCGCCUAGCAUUAUCAGAAACCAAUCGGUGGCAUCCGUCGUAGCGCGGGCAGAAGAAUGCUUUUAAGCCUUCGGGAACAGCGAGCUUGAAAACCCGUAAAUUUUCCGUUACCGAGCCGCGAGCUUUCGGCUUCCUGGAGCAAGUUUUUUUUUUCUUUAUCGUUUUUCACCAAGUGGAAUACGGCAAAGUGGUAAAAUUGGAUUUGGGCGAAUCGACCCGUCUCGUCGUUGUCACACGGCGCGGAGUCUGGAGCGGACGAGCGGAUAACGAGAGCUCGAGGGAGAGAAAGAGAGAGAGUCCGGUAGGAAGUUAAACAGCUUCUUGAUAGCAGUGGCAAAGGAGAGAAAAUUUCCCAUUUUGGGCACAGAGUGCAGUGAGAGAAAGUUGAUAAGUGUCCCGAGUGCGAGAAGCGGAAGCUGUUUUUGGCAGCAAGAGAAAAGAGAACGAAAGUGAGCACAUAAAAUCUCAUCGGGUUGAAAGGUGGAUAUUGGAUUUUUAUAUGUAAAGUAAUAUGGAGGAUCUGAAAGAUAGUGAUGUAUUUUAGUGAAAUGUACCUAUGAAAAACAGGUGAAUUCCGCUUGAAACGUGCAGAAAAACGACGUACCGCCACGGAAGGACCCGGAUUAGGAUUAGUGAUUGGAAUCGAUGUGGUCAGGCUAAGGGCUGGACGCUUUGCAGAGUUGAAUGGUUUCUGCCCCUUGAGAAGUGAAGAUUGUGCGAAAGCGCCAACAAUUGAAAACUGCAGAUAAUCGAUAAAUCGGUGUUGAAUUUUUCCUCUCUCACUGACGGGUGACACCAGAAAAAAACUAGUGACUAGGUACAAAUCUGUACAAAGGAAGUCGAGGCAAGAGGAGAAAAAUUCGGCAUCCUGAAUUAUACCUUGCUUUCCUCGAAAUAGUUAAUAGUAUCGAAACGCUUAAACCCGUGUUCAGUCGUAGCUGCUUAAUUAGCGAGCUCUCAGUUGCGCCAGGAUGAACGAAUUGGAAGCGCUGAGGCAGGAAGCGGAGACGCUGAAAAAUGCAAUCCGCGAUGCUCGGAAGGCAGCUUGUGACACGUCGCUGGUUCAGGCUACCAACAACCUGGAGCCGAUCGGGAGGAUACAGAUGCGAACCAGGCGUACCCUGAGAGGUCAUUUAGCGAAGAUCUACGCUAUGCACUGGGGUAGCGACUCCAGAAAUCUCGUUUCAGCCUCUCAGGAUGGCAAGCUGAUCGUAUGGGAUUCUCAUACGACGAACAAGGUGCACGCAAUCCCUCUACGAUCGUCUUGGGUUAUGACCUGUGCGUACGCACCGUCCGGUAACUUCGUUGCCUGCGGUGGAUUGGACAACAUUUGUUCAAUCUAUAACCUGAAAACGCGAGAAGGAAACGUAAGGGUUUCCCGAGAGCUACCUGGCCAUACCGGGUACUUGUCGUGCUGUCGGUUCCUCGACGAUAACCAGAUCGUCACCAGUUCCGGUGACAUGUCUUGUGGCCUGUGGGACAUUGAAACCGGCCAGCAGUGUACUUCUUUCCUUGGACAUACCGGUGACGUAAUGGCACUGUCACUGUCUCCUCAGUUCCGAGUGUUUGUAUCAGGAGCUUGUGACGCUUCAGCGAAACUGUGGGACAUUCGCGACGGCCAGUGCAAGCAAACCUUCCCGGGCCAUGAGAGCGAUAUCAAUGCGGUGACAUUCUUCCCGAAUGGACAUGCCUUCGCAACUGGCUCGGAUGAUGCGACCUGUCGUCUGUUUGACAUCCGUGCCGAUCAGGAAUUGGCCAUGUACUCGCAUGACAACAUCAUCUGUGGCAUCACAUCGGUGGCGUUCUCGAAAUCCGGCCGUCUCCUGCUUGCCGGAUACGAUGAUUUCAACUGCAACGUGUGGGACACGAUGAAAGCGGAACGGGCGGGUAUUCUAGCAGGCCAUGACAAUCGCGUAUCGUGCUUAGGAGUUACCGAAAAUGGAAUGGCUGUGGCCACCGGUUCCUGGGAUUCAUUCCUGCGUGUUUGGAACUAAACGGAGCACAACAACUAAACCGCACCGGAAAAUCUGACGGCUGAGUUGAUUCACAGCUGUUGAGUUGACUCAGCGAGCGUACAAAUAACUGACCAGAUGCAUUUGAUCCUCAUGACAUCCACCCUAAGAGUUAUGGAAAGAAAACACAUUUCUGAGUUUUUAAUCAAUAUGGAUAGCAGUUUUAUUUUUUAGAAGUUGUUUCCAACGUAUGAUGCGCAAAUGUUUAAAAAUCUCAUUGUGAUAGUUUUCAAAUUGGCGCGCAAAUUGUUUUAACUUUUUAGACAGUUUAUAUUGAUUGAUUUUAUCUGUUAGUUGCUCUUACCUCAUAAGCUGAUUUAAAUGUGGAAAAUUGUAGAAUUUCCUCACUGCACAUUGACAACUCUUCUCUCAAUGAUAGACGUAUUUAUUUUUUGAUUACAUGACAUCGCCUAUUGAUCAGAUAGCUCAAACGAAGAUAGACAAGGAAAGCACAAAUUUAUUCAUUUUUCGUUGUAGCAAAGCUUUGUUUGUAUUUUGAUUGAUUUUUCUACUCACGGUAUUACAUUCAGAUAUUGUUUUAAAGUGGCUGCUUUUCAGCUGUAUUAGAUUUUCUAUUACCAGUGAAGAAUAAAGAAAAAGAUUAUAGUGUUAUUCCUUCUAUUUGUACACAAAAACUUAUACACAUAUGUAUUUAUGAUAAACAAAAACUAUUUAUACACAUUCUGUAUUUAUUUGUUUAGUCUGAUCAGCUGACCUCUAUUAUAUGUGUAAGAAUUCUGAACCUUUGUUAUAAGACAGAAGUGAGAACAAAUGCUAGCUAAAUCUCUAUUGUGCAACAGCUCCCAAGGGGCGAUACCCUGUUGAGAAAACAUUUCGAAAUAUCUUCAGGGUACUGAGCUUUUGCACUCUGCGAGAUUGUCCAUGACAGAGGGUUGAAGGCUUUUGUUUCGUUUCAGUUAAAGUUAAUAAAAUUAAAAGAACUCGGAACGGUUUCAUCCAAACGUUCAUUUUUUUAGUUAAAAAUUACGCCAUAUUAUUUUACGCUAAAAGUUUUAAAAUGAACCAUAAAACCAGCUGUUUAAAAGUACCGAGUAACGGGCUCGAUUAGUUCCGGGCAGUAUUCACAUGAGAUUUAACUAUGUUAGGUGCAAUAUUUCUUAGGUCAGGUUACGUUACAACAAAAAUACAUGACCAAGUUAUGAGUUUUAAAAGCAAAUAUGCCCUAGUCAGUGUCGGCAAACACGCAAAUUUUUACGCUCCGAAUUAGAGGGCAUUUAACAAUAGUAAAAUCUUGUUUUCCAUUAGUAGUUGUAUGGCUAAGUUCUGUUAAAAUGCGACACAACUCAAGAAAUUUCAAGGAACAGAGAGAAAUGCCAGAAAAACUUUUUAAAACAGAUAAAUUCAUGAUAAUCUUAGUUUCAGUCAAAUUUCAAUCGUGAAAGAGACACAAAAACUCACAACCGUACGCAUUAUGUUUAGGUUGUUCUGAGACGACAGUAAAAAAAUGACGUGAUUGUGACCAGCAAAAAACUCUAUCUAAGAUCUUCAGGAGCAAAAACAAGAAAAGUAUCGAAUACAAAUGUUGAAUCAUAUUUAAACCAACACAUCUGGUUCGAAGUUAAAAAAAAGUAGACGAAAAACAGAAAAAUAAACCGGCAUGCAUGAUUUCGCUUCUGGCGAAGACGAGGCCCAAACAGCACUUUAGCUCACGCAUACACCCAUACACCUUGCGCGCCUGCUGUGGGAAGAAAGGGCUCUCUGACACAGGAAGCUGUGAUCACGCAUUGUACCGUCAGGUUUGUAUGUGUGAGCGCAGCUUUUGGCUCGGGAGGUGUAUCGUUUGUCGGUGUGCGUGAACGAUUGUGCUUUGCCCUUCCAUCAAUAGAUGAUGGCAUUAUCUAUUGCGGAUGACAACGCUUCUAGCAAGAACCGAAACAAUAGUAAGAAUCUAUCUUGAUUGCGCAAACCGUAAAUAAAAAUGAACAAGAAAUCUUGUAAGCGCCAUUCCACUGCCUAGUAACGUGAAUAAAACGAGAACAAAAGUAAUAAAAAAUAAAUUAAAACAGUAUAUGUGAAACUGACCUGAUUGUGCUGAUUGAUUAAGAGCAUAAUUCAUUUACCAAACAACAAAGAUUUAUGGUGAAGAACAACCAAAAACUACCGAUAACAUGCGAACACAGUUAUGUGUAACUCGUGUGAAUGCGCAAAUGCUAAUUGUUUCAGUGCAUACACAAUUUAGCUACGCAUAAUGGUCACAUUGGAAGCCUACUUUGCUUAAUAAAAAAAAUAAACAGUAUUUUGUUCCUUCACUUAUCCCUUUGUUGGGAGGUAGCCUACUUGCAAUUUUCCAGUAUGUUUCAUCCAACUUCCAUGAGUUCUUGAAGCCUACUUCGAACAGCAGUAGAAGUAAAGUCAAAUUUUGUCUAUCUACGCAUAGCAAACUUUGACUAGCAUACCUCCCCUCUCACGGAUAAAAUUGAACUACUUGAUUAGCUGAAGCUUUUUGUGUUGAAUAAUUUUCCUCAGUGUACAAAGCAUACUGUCAUUAGAAACACAAAAUCAAUCGUAACUAACGCAUUACAAAAACUGUGUUGAUAACCUAAAAAAAAAAACAAGAACAUGUCACAUAAACGCGAUCAUUGAAGUUAUCUAUGUUAAACUAUUUAAUAAACAAAUGCGAGAAAGUGGAAACAAUUCCAGUUGAAAUGAAAUGGAAACAAAACUUACCAAUAUUCCUAGGGGCGCUUUUGAAUAAAAUUACAGCUGUUUAUCCGUUUCGGACAGCAGUUGUAUUUUUCAUGACAAUUGAAACACUUUAAAAAAUGUAAACGAGCCGCGCUAUGCUGUUGAAUACGAACACUCGUACGAACGAAAAAAAAAAUAACCAAAUCGACCAAAUUAAAAACUUAGACGACGCAAAGCAUGUGAACAUAAUUAUUGAAACAUCGCAUAAUUUACCGAUAGCACUUAACUCAAAAGAAAGAAAAGUUUUCCAUUGAACCAUUCUCAACGUUUAAUUCUCAACAGUCACCUGCAAAUUGCGGCGAAAAACAAGCAUGUCGCGAAGCAACAACCAAAAAACCAUGCAUUCACUAUUUUCUAAAAGUCACGUUUUUACCAAAAAGAAAGAAAGUUCUAAAGCAAACACUCCUCUUUUACGGGUGGUGAAAUAAUAAAAAAAAAACUUGCUUAAGUUUAUACAUCAAAAAUCAAAAGGUAAAAUUUCUACCUGUAGAGCGAAUGUUUGAAUGUGAUGCAAAAACUACUACUGACAAGAGUUCACUCGUAGGCAAACCUGCAUGCAACAAAACGCUAUAGAGGAGUACGCGUCGUAGAAGCUACAAAGUAGAACGUAACAUGCGGAACCAAAACUGAAACAUAACGAGCGAAAGAAAAUCAUGCUAGGAAAACUACACACAAACAAAGCAACUAGAACUAGUGACAAACGCAGAUGAUGCGGUUCUCAAACAGAUCACAGAUAACCUGAUCGCAUUCGAUCGAAGAAAACGGCUCUCUCGAACCAUGCAAAGAGCGAGUGACGAUCCAGCUGACGGAAAAAAGUCGUCAGCAGAACAGAAACAAAAACUUGCGAAGGAAAGAAAAAAAAACAAA